AUGUUCAAACUGAUCGCCGUUUUGCUCGCCGCCUCUCUCCUCCUUCUCUCAUUCACAACUGCACUUCCCGUUGAUGGGCUUCCUGCUGGAAAAGCGCAGUAUGGAGGUGGGAGUGCGUGUAACCCAAAUCCGUGUCCAACAGCCUACUGUACAACUCAAUGCAAGAGCAGCUACGGCGUCGACUAUUGUAUCCCGGUUUGUCAAGGACCAUGCCAUGGCUACGGGUGU